AUGGAAUUGUCUGGUCAAGUUCAGGAAUUAUCAGAAGCAAGUUCUCAGUUCAUCAGUGGAGAAAGAGCACUUGAGAAACUGCAACGUGAUCAGGAUUCGUUUGUUCAACGCAAAGUGCUGGGCCCCGAUGACUUGCGCUUCAAUAAAACACAUUUCGAAAAAGAAAAUAGUUGGGAGCCAUCGAUUCAUUUCACAGAUUCGCAACUUCUUCCUUCGGCAACAUCCAUAAAUAUUCCAGAACGAGUGGUUUCUGUUGAUACUGAGAAUACUCCUCCAUCUGUUCCACAACGAUCGAAAGAUUUUUUGGAGGAAAGCGCAGAGCUCAAAAAAACGCCAACGAAUUUCUCGCAAGGAAGCAGUGAACCAAAAAUGUCCACACCGAACUCAUUACUUCUCAAAAAUAACGUUUACGGAGAAAUGGAAUACGCACGGCAUUGGGAACUUCUUCCGUAUUUCUUAGGCUUUGAUGCGCUGAAGCGUUUCACUUACAGUAGUAAAGAACUUUUUCGGUACUGCACAAGUCCUAAAGGGCUAAAACUUGCAUUUGACUCACGACGAUCACUUCGAGAUUUGACGAUGAAUUGUAUUUCUGCUAUAUAUCCCGAUCCGGUCGGCUCUCACUGUGGAGCAGAUUUCAGAGCGCCUAACCGUACAUUUGAUAAACUUUCUGCCGUUGGUAAAGAACAGCCGUCUCUCAGCUCAUCAGCUAUUGCACGAGUUCUUUCGGUUAUUGUUUUAAUCACUUCUUGUAGAAUUUUAAUUUAA